AUGUCUGCAACCAACAACGGCCACACUCAACCAAGCAACGAUGUGUACUGGACCACCAACGAUCCACGCAACACUGGUGUCAUCGGCUACGAGGGGGCCAAGCCUGUCUUUUUCCGCUUCGUCACGACGACUACGCUCAACAGCACGCGCACGGUGGUAUGGCAGGGGACGAACAACCCGAAUGUUGAGCACGAAAUCGCCUGGCUCGACUGGGACUCGAUGAACCACCUCGGUACUGCAACGAUUGGUCGAUUCCAGACACCAAUGACCAACCUCCUUCAGCGCGGAGCGACUCAGAGGUGCCGGAUCUUCGCUAUCCCUGGCGACGGAAGGCGAUUUGAAUGGCGGCGCAGCGAGAGCAAUCCCUGCCACUAUGAUCUGUACGACACAACCGGCAAGCUAUACGCGUCGCACACUGUCUAUAGCCAACCCCAACGCUCUGUUGUUGCUGAGCUUAACGCGGUUAUGAGCUAUUGGUUCAAAGAGGACGAGAUGCUCCUCUUGACUUCUAUCAUUAGCCUGACAAUCAACCGUUGGAUCGACCAAAACGGGGCCUAA